GAAAUUUGAUCUGGAAAGCGACGCUUUAUGUCGCUACGAUUCUCUCUGCUUGCACGGGGUCCCAUACUGUGGCAACUGGCUGACUGGCUUUGUGUUUUCCAACAUCCUUCCAGCACUCAGCACAUCAACGAUUGUCUUCAAAACGGACGAUUCUGUCACAAGCUCAGGUUUUAAGAUUACGGUCAUUCCUCAACCGUUGGUGUUUGGUCAAACAAUCCAGGAAGCCAGAGGCCUGGGCUCCAACGGCCGCAUCAUUUAUUACCAACCUGUUUCCUACUCUCCUCGGAACCCUUAUACCGAUGAAUGCGCAGGACCAUAA